AAACUAGUUGCUCUAAAAAAAGAGCUCCUGGGGAUAACCCACCCGGUUCGACUCGAUUCGCUACACUCCGUCAUGGAAUCCGGCGGCGCCGCCCGCGUACGGCGGCAGCUCCAAGCCGUGGGACGUGUCGCGGCGUACCUCGGCGGCGGCUUGCUCCUCCUCUCCACAGCAUCCACCGCCGCCGUCCGCUCCCUCCGCUUCCUCUCCGAUACCAACCAGAGAAAAUUCGCGAUGCAGUGUGGUGCCUGCGAGGGGAAGGGAACCUACGGUUGCAGGCUCUGCAGGGGUAGCGCCACGGUCGAAUGGUCUCCGCUCUACGACCCGGUGUUCGUUAACCCAUGUCUCUGCCCUACUUGUGAUGCUACCAGGGUACAGCGCUGCUUGAAUUGCUUGGGCAAAGGCUAUGCAUGAAGGAACAAUUUGUAUCAAACGCCACUUUUUAUGAGUGGACUGUUUGCAUCAUCAGUUUCUUUUGUUACCUGUUUGAAGCUUAGGUGUGUAUUCUUAGAAGUGGGUGUUAGUGUUGGCAGGGGAGGCAUUGUAUUUUGCUCAUGGAAUGUAAUUGAUUGAUGACCAAACUGUCCUGUUUGUGUUGAGAAACCAGAGAAUAAUUUAUGUUUCAGUACAAAAUGAACUAGUAUCAAGGAGCGAAUUAAAAUGGAAAA